AUGGUAAAUGGUAACGAAAAAGUCACGGUAACAGGACUCUACAGUGGUCAUAAUGAUCGACAACGAUUAGAAAUUAAAGUGGGCCCUAGUUCAUCCGAUCAUUUAAAAGGUUUUCCAGAAGAUACUUUGGAAUAUAAUUGGAAGUUUUAUAUUGAUCCAGACACAAAAUUAACAAAAGAUUUUUUUCAUAUACAUCAAAUAAAACUGGUGAAUGAGGAUGAGAGUCUGCCGUUGAUUACAUUCAGUGGUAAUGGUAAUAAUAAUCAUCAGUUAUUUCAAGUUCAAUAUAAUCCAACUGGAAGUCAAAUUUUAAUUUUAUAUAAAAUUAAUUGGCAGCAAGUGGUGGGAAAAUGGUUAGUUGCUUCGGCCACUGUUAAAUAUUCUGUAAAACCAACAGAAGGUUUAAUAAAAUAUCAAUUAAAAACACUAGAUGGUCAUCAAUUAUUUUCAUAUACAAAUAAAACAGCACAAACAUUAAGAGAAGGUAGUGGGGGGGACCAAUGGGCUAGACCGAAAUGGGGAUUGUAUAGGAAACUUAAUCAGCAAUUGGAUCGUGCUAGAGUCUACUUUGCUGAUUGGUCUGUCGUCAAAAUUUAA